GAUUGUUGUUACUUUUUCGUUUUUAUUUUGAUUUAUUUUUGAAUUUUAAAUAAUUUGUGUUCAUUUUAAUAGGUUGAUCAGUUAGAGCUGAUAGUGAUUUGUGAGUUUGAUAUACUUAUUUAAACAUUUUAAUAUUACAAACAGGUUUGGGUUUGUGAUUGCAAUCACCGCAGCUAUUUGAGAAGCCCACCAAGUAUUUUUACUAAUAAUUUAUUAAACAAUCAUGAGUGAAGACAAAAAAUCAGUGCUCCAAGAAUACAAACUAGAGAGUGAUAACGAAUUGAGAUUCGAAGUGGAAACCAAAGGAGAAAAAGUGUAUCUCACCCUCAAAAACGGUCUCGCAGAAAUUUUCGGCACGGAAUUAGUCAAAGCUAAAACCUACGAAUUCACCGCUGGGGCUAAAGUUGCCGUUUUCACCUGGCAAGGGUGCACGAUUGAAGUCAAAGGCAAAACUGAUGUUAUUUAUAUUGCAAAAGAAACCCCUAUGGUGGUUUACUCGAAUUGUCAUGCAGCUUUAGAAAUUAUGCGUAGUGUAAAUGAAAAGAACAACAAACGAGGCCCAAUUGCUAUGGUAGUAGGACCUACCGACGUAGGAAAAUCUACUUUGUGUAGAAUAUUACUCAACUAUGCUGUUAGAAUGGGACGCAGGCCUAUUUUUGUUGAUUUGGAUGUCGGACAAGGGAAUAUUUCUAUUCCUGGUACAGUUGGAGCGUUAGUGAUAGAACGCCCUGCCUCAAUUGAUGAAGGGUUUUCUCAAGAGGCACCUUUGGUUUAUAAUUUUGGUCAUAAAAGUCCUGGAACUAACUCGAAAUUAUAUGGUAUGAUUACCAAUCAACUGGCGACCACUUUGAAGGAAAGAUUAGAAAUCAAUAAAAGAACUAAACAUUCUGGAGUGAUAAUUAAUACUUGCGGCUGGAUAAAAAAUGAAGGCUACAAACAAAUACUUCAAGCAGGAGAAGCUUUUGAAGUUGAUGUCAUUAUGGUUUUGGAUCAAGAAAGGUUGUACAACGAAUUGGUUCGAGAUAUGCCCAGUUAUGUUAACGUUGUGUUUUUGCAAAAAAGUGGCGGAGUUGUGGAAAUUUCAAAAAGCACACGCAGUGAAAACCGAGAUCAAAGAAUAAGAGAAUAUUUUUACGGAACGCCAAAAAACCAACUCUACCCUCAUCCGUUUGAUUUGAAAUGGUCUGAAAUUAAAUUGUUUAAAAUUGGGGCUCCACCAUUGCCCGACUCCUGUUUACCACAUGGUAUGAAACCAGGAGACAACUUAACGAAGUUGGUACCUCUAACACCGAAUGUUGGUAUACUUCAUCAUAUACUGGCAGUUAGUUUUGCAGAAAAGCCAGACGAUGAGGUUAUUUUAUCUCAUGUAAUAGGAUUUAUUUGUGUUACAAAUGUGGAUACAGAUAGACAAACAAUUUCAGUAUUAUCGCCUCAACCGAAACCUUUGCCAAAUCAUAUUUUAGUGCUUUCUGAACUACAAUUUAUGGACAGCCAUUAAAGUCGAGUUAUAUUUUUUUUAAAAGCAAUAAAAAAUUAAUUAUAUUAAUCACAGUCUUAUUAAAUAUUUUAAUCCAAAGUGAAAAUUCUUGCUGCAAUGUCACCAAUAAGCCAGUCGAUUCCUUCCAAUAGAUUCUCCCCAGUUACUGCACUGCACUGCACGAUUUUCCAGUGAUGUGUUUUGAUUUUAUCCAACUCCAAAAU